AUGCUAGGAAGGGCCGGGACGGGGCCGGGACAACGCAGGCGCGGGAGGGGGAGGCGGCGGCGUCGCGGUGCGGGCGGCCCAUGGCCGUGGGCGGCGGGCCACGAUGACCGACUACAGCGAGGAGCAGCGCAACGAGCUGGAGGCGCUGGAGUCCAUCUACCCGGACUCGUUCACGGUACUGUCAGAAAAGCCAACAACUUUCACAAUCACUGUGACAUCUGAAGCUGGAGAAAAUGAUGAAACUGUCCAAACUACCCUUAAAUUUACCUAUAGAGAAAAAUACCCUGAUGAAACUCCACUAUAUGAAAUUGUCUCACAGGAGAAUCUUGAUGAUAAUGAUGUCAUGGACAUAAUAAAACUGCUAGAGCAGCAGGCAGAAGAAAAUUUAGGAAUGGUAAUGAUCUUCACUCUAGUCUCAGCAGUACAGGAGAAAUUAAAUGAAAUAGUGGAUCAAAUAAAAACACGAAGAGAAGAAGAGAAGAAACAGAAAGAAAGAGAAGCAGAGGAAGAAGAGAAGCAACGUUUUCAUGGCACUCCUGUUACCAUUGAGAAUUUCCUUAAUUGGAAAGCCAAGUUUGAUGCCGAGCUUCUAGAAAUAAAAAGGAAAAAGAUGAAAGAAGAAGAACAAGCAGGCAAAAAUAAGCUAAGUGGUAAACAGCUGUUUGAAAUGGAUCACAACCUGGACACCUCUGACAUCCAGUUCUUGGAGGAAGCUGGAAACAAUGUGGAGGUUGAUGAAUCUUUAUUCCAAGAAAUGGAUGAUUUAGAGUUGGAGGAUGAAGAGGAUGACCCUGACUACAACCCUGUUAAUUUAGAUAGUGAUUAGACUUAUUUGAACUGAUUCUGUCAUCAAUAUGGACAUAUGUAAGGAGAGAGGGCAGGCAGGAAAGCCACAGCAUCUGUGGUUUUAGUAAUGUGUAUUGUUUUUCUUUUUUCCUAAUUUUUUUUUCCAAAGAAAAAAACCAACAUUUUAAAUCCAGGAGAAUGGUCUUCUGAUGACUUUCACUAUAAAUAAAUUUACUUUAAUAUUUGAAAUG